AUGAAAUACACACAUUCCUUGCAAUAUUUUCAAGUCAUUUUAUGUGCAUUAAUUGGAUCUUUCAUAGAUUUGGAUCAUUUUUUAGUUGCUAAAACAAUAUAUUAUCGAGAAAUACAGAAUAAUAUUAAUCGUGGAAUAUUUCACAUUACAACUAUACCAAUUGUAAUCAGUGUUUUCAUGCUAUUGUAUGCACAAAAAUUUGUUUCUGAUUGCAUAAAUAUAGUUGCAUGGAUUAUACUAACAGCAUUUUUGAGUCAUCAUAUACGAGAUGCCACUCGACGUGGAUUUUUAAUGACGCCGUUUGGAUCUACACCAAGAGUACCAUAUUUUUGCUACAUAUUUUUACUACUUAUCUUACCAUUUUUAAUAUCGUAUGGCGAAUAUCUAACAACUCGACUUAUUUCGAAAACGAAAACAGAUAGACAAAUCAAUCAACCAUUGCUUAUGGAUUUCGAAGUUUAAUAUAGGGUAGCCUGUUCACAUCAAUAAGAAAACAAUGUCAAUGGAAUUUAUGCGUGAAACAUUAAAACGAAUCGUUGCAACAAUUAUUAAUUCACUAGGAUUUAAUAAAUCAAAAGACGAUUGUUUAAAUGUGCUCUCUGAUAUUUUACACAAUUAUUUAAUGGGUAUGGGUAAACGUUU